GUGACAAAAAAGUGGGGGAUAUUAUUUCACCCUUGCCUUGGAAAAGAAAUAUCAAACAAAUAUAACGUGUAAUUUGGAUAAUUCAACUUUCUGUCAUUUUCUUCGUUAUGAAAACGUAAACGCGAGCAAAAUCGAUAAUCUCCUAGCUUGGCGGUCCCUAUAACGCCAAUUACAUAAUUUUAUAAAAUCAUCAGGAGAAAAAAAAAUGUCAUAAUUCUUAAAUUGUUGCAAUACAUUUCCUUCACUAUGUUAUUCGCUGAUCAAGCGUUACAAAGAGUUUAACAAAAAUUGACUGAUGUAUUAAAUAAAUAUUACGAGGGAAAUUGUACAUAUAGGAAAAAAAUACAAACAUCUGCCCUUUUAAAUUUACUUUUGCCGACCCGCUUUUUAUUUGCUUCGCAGUUAUUGCAAGAAUAUACACAUGUUCGACAAUCAAUAUUGUAAAUUUAAUAAAACUCUUUUGAGGCUUCUUGGUUUAUGGCCUUAUGGAAGUACCAAGUGUGAUCGUUUUCGUUCAAUAUUCUUUUAUAUGUUACUCCUUUCUCGGAUGAUUGCAGAGUUCUCGCAACUUCUUAUAGCUGACUUUAAUGCAAAUGUCAUUAUCAAGAUUUUAUUGAAUGCUUCUACGGCUUUUUUGCAAUUUCUUGUCUUUCACACGGUUUUCUUCAAUACUAAAAAACUGAAACAAGCACUGAACGAAGUUAAUGAUAAUCGCCGGACUUUGACAGACUCGGAAGAAAUUAAAAUACUAUAUUAUUACGCUCAUCAAGGAGAAAAAUUUAUAUUUAUUUUGUUAUGGCUGGUAGUAUUCAUAUCAUUUACACUCUUCAUAAGUGGACUGCUACCGGAUAUUUUCGACUUUCUUCUGCCAUUAAACGAAUCACGUCCACAUAAUUUACUAAUCAUGGCUGAGUAUCAAAUAAACGUUGGAAUACAAUAUUACAUUUUUUACUUAUAUUCUAUGAUUAGUACUAUUACUGCUCUUUUUACAACAACAAUCAUCUUGUCAGCAAUGGUAUUUUUAUAUUUACACUGCUGCGCAAUACUCAAAAUUUGCAGUUAUCGAAUAAAACAAAUUGUGGGUAAAAAUGUAUUAGCGUACUAUAACAAGACAAACAUAAUCAUCGAAAAGAUAAUUAAAGUAGUGGAACUUCAUCGAAAAAUGAAGAAGUUUCUAAAAUUGAUUACAACAAAUUUUUCAACGUGUUAUCUUAUUGUGUACAUAGUAGGUAUAUGUACCGUUGCUAUGAGUUUAUAUACAUUGCUGAACGUAAUAAAUUACAUGCAUAAUUUUGCUGAAGCUGUAAUACCGACAAGUUAUAUGAUAACAUAUCAGCUUUGUUUCUUCAUGUUAUCUUUUAUGGCGCAAUUAGUAAUAAACCAUUCUGAAGAAUUAUUUAACGCAUUAUACAUGUCGUUAUGGUACGAAACACUUAUAACAAUACAAAAAUCAUUACUGUUUAUAAUGAUUAUCUCUUCGAAAAGCUUAAUAGUGAACCUUGGCGGUGUAUAUGUUGUAACAAUGGAAACCUUCACAUCGAUUUCGAAAACGUCAAUGUCCAUUCUGACGGUAUUUCUUGCCAUACAAUAAUUUCAUGAUCUAAAGCAGAACAAGUAACCGUUCGUAUUGGUAUACACAUGAUAAAAAUUUUCUACAGUAAAAUAGAAAAGUAAGAUAUAAUUUAAUUAAAUAAGAUAAUAGUUUAUGUGAUAUUUACUCAUGAAUAAAUAAAAGAAAAAAGUCACAAUAUAA